CUCGGGACCGCGAAACGCUCGACUACCGGCAGUGUUGUUUCCUCGGUACGGUUUUCCGCCGUACCCAUUCAUUCCUGAGGCACAACGCGUACGGACGGCGUACCGACGGUAAUUUUGUCGUUUGGCCGCUGGCACACCGAGCUAAGUAAGUACUACGCACGCGUCUGGAUUUCCCGACAAUCUAGGUACCUACUCGUCCGGUGGUUUUUGUUUAAUUUUUUUUCGUCACACAAUAUUGCGCGUUUGCGCGACCGUCCUCUGCGAUUAUAUUUCCGUAUCUUUCGAUGCGUGCGUCGCCAGAUAUUUUUCCUGCUUAAUUUUUACCCGUAAUCGUCCGUGGCUCGGCAACGAACGGCGCCCGGCCUCUGUCCCGGUCGGGUACGCCCAAAGCGGUCCCGCCAAACCGGCGUCCGGUUGCUGCCCGUGAUGUACCUGCGCGGCACGUUAUAUUCGUACGUGCCGUCCGGUGGCGCGUGCCCAGAGAGAUGUUAAGGGUUAAAUGUGUCCCCCACCCCCAUUUAGGUAUUUCGUUUACGAACGCAAUGGCCAAUAUUAGUUAACAAUUUUUCCGCUGAUUAUUUAAUUGUUUUAAAUUUGUUAAAUUAUUUUUAUUUUAUCACAAGUCGUUGCGCCAAUAUGAUCCCGUGUAUUUUGUUCAACUGGCUGUUGGAUUCUAUCGUUUUAAGUUCGAUUGCCGUUAUCACGUUAAUUUACUAUUUCGCAACAUCGACGUACAAACAGUUGAAGAAGUUGAAUGUCCCCCACACACCUCCAGUGCCUUUAUUCGGCAAUGUAUUAAAAAUGGUAGCAGGCUUGGAAAGCAAAACUGACACAUACGGUAGAAUUUACAGACAACAUCCCGAUGCAAAAAUCUGCGGUUUUUAUGAAAUGAGAACGCCGUUUCUGAUGAUAAGGGAUCCAGAAAUAAUUCAAGCGAUAAUGAUCAAGGACUUUAAUUAUUUUAUCAACCGGGGUUUGCAAUUUGAUCCGUCAAUAAAUUUAUUAGCCAGAAGUCUGUUCUUUGCGAACGGACAAAAAUGGAAAAUCAUGAAACAAAAACUGAACCCGGGAUUCACGUCGGUUAAACUCAAAGGUAUGCUACAUAAUAUCAAAGCAUGCAGCGACCGGUUAGUAAAAUUUAUUGAAGAUAAUAUAAACAAUACGACCGGAAUUGAAGUGUCUAAAAUCACUGGUAAUUUUUCUACCGAUGUCAUUGGAACUUGUGCAUUUGGUUUAGAAUUAGAUACCAUCAAUAACGAUUCAGAAUUUCGAAAAAACAUUAAGAAAAUAUUCGGGCUUAAUACUAAAUCGUUUUGCAUAUUGCUGUUGGGAACGAUCUUCCCGAACGUGGUCAAGUACUUUAAACUUCAUGUAAUUCCGUUGGAGGCUACUAAUUAUUUUCAUUCGGUGUUCAACGAACUUAUCGAACACAGAACUACAAACGACGUGGUGAGAAAUGACAUAGCACAAGAGCUUAUAAAAGCAAAAAGAGAACUGGUAUUGGACUCUACCGGUAUUGGUUAGUAUACAAAUUUCAAACAAUUAAUUGUUUUACUGUGUACAAUACAAUAAUAAUGAUUGAAUUCAUUUUAUUCAAGCAAGUCAUAAAAAUCUAUUUUUCUUAACUCAUAAUUAUUUACUGUUACGGUUAUAUUUUAAAGUUUAAAACUUAUUAUUAUUUUUUAGUAGUUUUGGAAAGUUCUACUUAUUUGUGCUUAGCCAAUUUGUUAUAGAUUUAGAUAAUUUUUUAAGAUACUAUACAUUAUAAAAUGUAAACCACCAAAAACUGCAUUUUUGCAACUGUAAAUACUUCAAUUUUAUAGCGAUUUGCUAAUAUUUCGUAAAAAAUACACUGAAAAUUAUCAUUCAAUAUAUAUAUAUGAAUAAAUGAGAAUAAAUGAAAACAUUACAUUUUUUCAAAAGUGAAAUGGAUGUAACUUAAUACAUGUUGAGUUAAAAAAAUGCAAUUUUGUGGAAAUAGCUCGAUUAGUUGAAUAACUAUUCAAAUCUAUAGGAAAUGUUUAAAAAGUACAGUAAAUGCCGAAUCUCAAGGGGAACAUGAAUAAGUUUAAGACAUCAAAAAAUUGAAAACGUCAGGUUUUCUUACAAUUUGUAAACAAAUUUAAAAAAUUCGGAAAUUAUGUGAGUGCUCAAAAUGCUACAUACAUAUUAUCAAUGAACAAUACAAUUUAAAUUUAAAAAAUUAAUUUUUAUUAAGAAAAUCUGUCAUGAGAUUUUGUUUUUUAUUACUUGUAUCUUCAACGAUGCCUUUCAAAUUGGAAAAUUGCAGAAAAAGCGCCGUCUUCCAUAUUUGUGUUGUUAAAUUUCUUAAUGUUUUUAAGCGUGUUUAGCUUAUUGAAUUGUAACUGCAAGGACUUCCUCCAUUUUUUAUAGUUUACUUUCACUCUUCCUGAAUUUUUACAUAAUUUUGUAUUCUUACUGUAAUAAUAUAGCAACAAGGGGAUUUAAAUUUUCAAUAUAGUUUCAGAUAACGAAAAAUUCGAAAUAGCGACGUUCGACAUAAUAAUAAUUUACUAUAUAACUGUAUAAGUCAUAUCGCAAUUGCUCUUCAUGUAAUGUUAAACAUUUUAAAUUUAUCCUUAAAUGUGUAUUUCAGUAGAUAAUCCUUCGUAUAACCUCUCGAAAACCGAAAGUAAAUCUAAACAAAAAAUAAUCAAUUUGUUAUUUUUUUUUUCAAGAGAAAUUUACUGAUUCGGACAUAAUUAGCAAUGCAAUUUUCAUUUUAACUGGUGGUUCAGAACCUGUUGCUGCCACAUUAGCGUUUUGUUUUUACGAGUUGGCCCUGAACAGGGAUAUACAAAACAAAAUACGGGAAGAGAUAACUUCAACAAAUGAAAAAUUUGGCGGACAGUUUACCAAUGAACUUUGUAUGAAUCUCCCUUAUACUGAUAUGGUUUUAAAUGGUAAUGAUUAUAUACCGACAUUAUCUAAUACAAUUUUAAUUUUAAAUAUUAGAGUGCAUUUGAGGGAUGUAUUGAUUAAAUAAUUCCAUUUUAUUUGCUAAUAGCGUCAAAUAAAAUUAGAAUCGUGUAAUAGUACAAUAGAUAUACGUAUAUACAAAGUAUUUGAUUUACUUUCAUUAAAACUCAAUUUAAAUAAAUUUUUCAGAAACUCAUCGUAAAUAUUCCGUUGUUGUGAAUGUAAUUAGAGAAACUACACAGACCUACAAGGUACCUGGCAUGGAUUCAUUUAUAAUUGAAAAGGGACAAAAAAUUGUAAUACCCAUGUCUAGUAUACAUCAUGAUCCAAAAUAUUAUCCUAAUCCAAAAACGUUUGAUCCGGAACGAUUUACGAAGGAAGAAAUUUCUAAACGACCUAAUGGUACUUUCUUCCCGUUUGGUGAAGGACCUCGUCACUGUAUCGGUAUGUACACCUAUAUUUUGUUUAAAAUAAAAUCAAAUAAUAAAUGUAUAUUUUUAUAUAUUUUCAGGAAAACGGUUUGCUGAAUGGGAACUAAAACUGGUUCUAUCAAUAGUAUUGACAAAAUUUGAAAUUUUUCCUUGUCCAAAGACGGAAAUUCCUCUUAAAUUUAAUAAAACAUCACCAGUUUUGGUUCAAGCGAAAAAUGGUAUUUGGUUAAAUUUUAAGCCAAUUGUUGCAUAAUUCUUAUUAUUAUUGUUAUUCACUAUUCAUCGCUGCAGUAUUCCUUGGUUUUCUAAGUAUACUUGUAGUUUAUUUAACAUGUGUUACAUUUACCGACAGUCUUUGGAAAUCGGAAAAAUUAAAAUAAAUAAUAUUUGUAUAAGUUAACAGUUUCCAUGACUUAGCAAGUAUAUACAAGUGUUAAAUAUUUGGCAAACAUGUAAAACAUAGCAAUUUGUCUUAAAUUGUAUAAUGUAAUCAAUAAAUAUAGCAUUAUAUAAUUCCUAUUGAUUUA